CGUAAUCAGAAUAACCUAUGGCCCUCGAGCAUGAUAACGGAGAUCCCCGUUACUUUAUGCGAUAGCGAUAGUUCGUGGUAGCGUCACGACGCUCGUAAUGUGAUUCCGACUGCGAUUCAGCUGCUUGCGAGGCAUGUGGCGAUAUUUUGUUACAACGGACGGUGAUACGAGGACAGAAUGAGCAAUCUGAAGAAGUGCAAAGCUACCCAAGGGUCCCAGUGCAACCGAGAUCCCGGGCACCGUGUGAUGCCUGUGUCGCAGCCAGUGCGUGCCAAGAGUUUGUUACGCGCAAACUUGGAGAGCUCUCGCGUGCGUGUCUUGCAGAGCAGAAUGCCGAACAUCAAGGUCUUCAGCGGGACCUCGCACCCGGAUCUGGCCCAGCGGAUCGUCGACCGUCUCGGCAUCGACAUCGGCAAGGUUGUCACGAAGAAAUUCAGCAACCUCGAGACAUGCGUGGAGAUAGGGGAGUCUGUCCGUGGGGAAGAUGUGUACAUUGUGCAAAGUGGAAGCGGCGAGGUGAAUGAUAACUUGAUGGAGCUCUUGAUUAUGAUCAAUGCCUGCAAAAUCGCAUCCGCAUCCAGAGUUACAGCAGUCAUUCCUUGCUUUCCCUAUGCAAGGCAGGAUAAAAAAGACAAGGGCGGUGACGGUGGAGACUCUAAAAAUCAGAUUGUCAUGAAGUCGAACGAGUGGAAAUUCAGGAGCCGCGCGCCGAUCUCCGCGAAGCUAGUGGCGAAUAUGCUCUCUGUUGCUGGCGCCGACCAUAUUAUUACAAUGGACCUGCAUGCUAGUCAAAUACAAGGAUUCUUUGACAUCCCCGUAGACAAUUUAUUUGCCGAACCAGCUGUCCUCAAAUGGAUCAAGGAGAAUAUCGUUGAAUGGCGAAAUAGCAUCAUCGUUUCCCCCGAUGCGGGUGGUGCCAAGAGGGUCACAUCUAUCGCGGAUCGACUGAACGUCGAGUUUGCCCUUAUCCACAAAGAGAGGAAAAAGGCGAACGAAGUCGCCAGUAUGGUAUUGGUCGGAGACGUCAAAGACAGGGUCGCGAUUCUGGUCGACGACAUGGCCGAUACUUGUGGUACCAUCUGCCACGCAGCGGAGAAGCUGUUGGAAGCUGGUGCCACGAAAGUUUACGCGAUACUCACGCAUGGUAUAUUCAGUGGUCCGGCCAUCAGUAGGAUUAACAAUGCCUGUUUCGAAGCUGUAGUAGUGACCAACACUAUCCCCCAAGACGGUCACAUGAAAGAUUGCCCAAAGAUUCAGUGUAUCGACGUCUCGAUGAUGUUUGCUGAGGCCGUGAGGCGGACUCAUAACGGUGAAUCUGUAUCGUACCUGUUUUCAAAUGUACCGUAUUAGAUGAAAAUCUUUCGUGAUCUACCUUACAAGCCAUGUAAGAAGAAUGAGUACUCUUUUUACAUUAAUUGUUUAUUGUUAUUGUUAGCUAAAGAUAACUACGUUCGCCUGCCAGCCAGCAGGCUGGCUUACCUAUUUUCUGUGUCCCAAUUCUAAAUUGAGAUUUAUAGUUUGCUCUAUUUUUUCAUGAAUUUCUGAGUGACAAUUGUGACAGUAAUCAGAUCGAAAUCGUGAUGAAUUUUUAGAGAGAGAGAAAGAGAGAAAUUUGUAUAUAUAUAUAUACAUAGACAUGUUUUCUUGAAAAACUUUUACGAUAGAAAAAUGUAAUGAUAUUUUAGAGUUUUGUUGCGAUCAAAAUUAUAGCUUCAGCUCUAUGUAAUUUAUAAUAUUAUAGCUUAUCCUUUUUAUCUUUCUCAAUUAAGGAAGAAUGAUCAGAGUUGUGGACAUGAUUGAUCUGUUACAAUGGCAAAAUAGUAAUUUAAUUAAUCGUGGUGUCGGCACACCACGAUUAAAGUGUCAUAUCAGUGCACAUAGAUCUAUCAGAUAAUUUGCUAACAUGGACCUCGUAUUUAAAUAAAUCUUAGAGAUUUAUAAUACUUGUAGGGAAGAAUUUUUCAUAUAUCGAUACGGAAGUCGGCAAGAAAAAUUUCGUAAUUAUACUAUUUAGAGUGAGAGAGACAGGGAGAAAGAGAGUCUAUCGCGUUACAAGUACCAUAUAUACAAUAGAGAAAUGGCGCUGACCGUAUUUAGCGUAAUGAAUUACUGACGAUAUCAAAAUGAAUGUAGUAAUAAAUAUACAAAUUUCGCUUUUAUUAAAACAAUCGCGAACCAAUAUAUGAAUUUAGUUUAACAUGACAACACAUGAUUGCAAAUUCUUCUUACUCAACGAAAAAGUGCCACUUGUUAUUCGUGUGAGUAUUGCAAUAAAUGUAUGAAAAGUAAAACAU